UUUCGUUUCCUCCUUCAAUCGUCAUCUGUCUGUCAUUUUCCGGAACUAUUCACAGGAUUACUCACAAGGGGGAAAAGCUUGAGUCAGGAGAGAGUCCUUUCUUUCUUUACGAUACUUGCGUCAGGCUUGAAACUACCACUACCAUCAACUCCACCAACAACUACACCAGGCAUCCACAUCUCCCUGAAACCACCAACCAACACAACACCACCAUCCAGUCCCCAGGACACCACCCCACCACACAAACACACCACCGCAGACUCUGUCAAGAUGUCCGCACCCAACAGCCCCGAACAACAACGAGCCGUCUCCCCGGCCAUCGAAGAUGAACCCGCCCGUGCCCCGACCCCGGACGCCGGCGCGGGCGCCGACAACAACGCCGAAGAAAGCGACCACCAACCCCAACCCCGACCCCAAGACCAAGAGAAUGCUGCGGCCUCGGAGCCCGAAGACGACGAAGAUGACGAUGACAAAGCCCACGACUCGGACGACGAGUCGAUCCUGUCCGAGGUGGACGAGGCGCAGUUCGAGGACUUCGACCCGGAGAACGUCGACAUCGAGGACCGCCCGCAGCUGGCCAUCGACGAGGACAACCUGAAGCUGAUCGGACGGCACAAGCGCAAGCGCACGGAGGGGGCCGAGGGGGAGCAGUCGAAGCGGAAGCGCGAGGGCCGGCGCGAGAAGAAGAGCCGUCGAAUGCGCGAGCUGGAGGAAGGCGGCGGGGCCAGUGAUGAGGAAGGCGGCACGGGCAAGGCCGGGCGGAGACGGACGGGCGCGUCGAAGAAGAAGGAGGUGUUGCCGGAGGAUGAUGAGACCUUGGAUCCUGCUACGCGACGGAGGAGAGCGCUCGAUCGUGCUAUGGAUGAAGCGUUGAAGAAGCCGACUAAGAGACGGUUCCGGAAGGCGGAUGGCAUUGAUUUGGAACAAAUGGCCGAUGCUGAGAUCGAAGACAUGCGCAAACGCAUGACCCACGCCGCACAGAUGGAUGCCAUCAACCGCCGCGAAGGCAAGCCCGCCAUGCACAAACUCAAGAUGCUCCCGGAGGUCGUCUCGCUGCUGAAUCGCAACCAAUACGUCAACAGUCUGGUCGAUCCGGAAAUCAACCUGCUCGAGGCCGUCAAGUUCUUCCUGGAGCCGCUGGACGACGGCUCGCUCCCCGCCUACAACAUCCAGCGCGAUCUGAUGACGGCGCUGGGCAAGCUGCCGAUCAACAAGGAGACGUUGAUCGCCAGUGGGGUCGGCAAGGUGAUUGUAUUCUACACGCGGAGCAAGCGACCGGAGCCAGGUAUCAAGCGCAUGGCCGAGCGCCUGCUGGCCGAGUGGACGCGCCCGAUCCUGCAGCGCAGCGACGACUACUCCAAGCGGGUGUACCAGGAGGCUGCUUUUGAUCCUACGUAUGUUUCCCAUCUCCCCUCUUGUCUGCAGCGUUUUCGUCGUCGAUCGUCGCUUUCGAUUGCUCCAAUAUCGCACUUUUGCAUUUCCCUGCUAACUUGAACCAGUCAACUGGGCACAUCUCGUCCCAAAUCGGCGCAAACGUCGGUGGCGGAGGCGCGCGCGCGCGAAAUGCUGCCGCCGCGACUGGCGAACCGGGCGCGCGCCGACCUCACUCACACGAGUUACACGGUGGUGCCGCGCCCGACGAUGGUACAGGAGAGCAAGUUUGCGCGACCCUUGGGCGCCAGCGGCGAGGAUCGAUUCCGGAAGAUGCGGGCGCGACAGAUUGCGGCGUCCAAGGGAUCCCGGCGAUAGCGGGGGGUGUUUGGAGUGUAGCUUUAGUUGCAUAUGUUCUUUAUCUUUGCUUCGUAUUCGAUUUAUUUACGGACGGGAAAGGCGCAGGAAAUUGGGAAUGAAUUGUAAUCAUUUAAUUUAAAGCUUACGGAGUAUGUGACUAGUGAGGAGAGGCGAGGAGACGAAGGAG